AUGCCGGUCAUCUGUUGGCAAACUGAGCAGAGUUUCCUGAAGAGCAGCCUGCAGCUCAUAGAUAGUUAUGAGAUUACCUAUGUCAGAUGGCUGCACCCUGACCGACACUGGAGGUCCUCUGGCAAAGAGCACCCUGGAGAGACAGAGGUCCUGAUCACAGCUGAGGGGCAGGAGCUCAGACUACACCUGGAAAGGAACGAGCAGUUAUUGGCCCCUGGAUAUCAGGAGAUAUGGUAUACUCCCGGCGGGGCCCGCCAGACCUCCUCUCCCACCUACACUGGCCACUGUUUCUAUCACGGGGAGGUUGUGGGUGUGGAGGGCUCCAGCCUGGCGGUCAGCACAUGCUCAGGACUCAGGGGACUGAUUUCUCUGAACAGCAGCGUCAGCUACCUGAUAGAACCGCUCCCGGUCUCCACGGACCUGCAACAGUAUGCUGUGUUCAGAGCUGAGAGCCUCCAUCUGCCCAACGGAAGCUGCCUACAUCAACCUGGUCACAAGGAGCCUGAGCAUGGGCUUAGCAACCUCAUCCAUGGAAUGAUAAUGCCACAGAGAGACAGAGAAAAACGGGACUUGAGCCAGAGUAUGAAGUAUGUGGAGCUGUUGCUGGUAGCAGACCAUGCUGAGUUUCAGAACCAUGAGCGAAAUCUUGAGAGUACCAAAAUGAAGUUAUUGGAGGCUGCUAAUUAUGUUGAUAAGUACUACAAGGCGCUGAGCAUCCGCGUGGCAGUGAUUGGUUUGGAAGUGUGGUCGGACCAAGAUAGGAUCAACGUAUCUGACAACCCAUACAGCACCUUGGGGGCCUUUCUGGCUUGGAGGCGCAAGCAUCUCCACAUGCUGCCCAAUGACAAUGCUCAACUCAUCACGGGGAUGUCAUUCCAGGGCACCACCAUCGGGUUGGCACCUCUCAAAGCCAUGUGCUCCGAGUACCAGUCUGGGGGAGUGAACGCGGAUCACUCAAAGUCUGCAGUGGGUGUGGCAGCCACCAUGGCCCAUGAGAUGGGCCAUAACUUUGGGAUGAGCCAUGACAGUGCAGGCUGCUGCCAUGCAAAAGCUGACGAUGGGGGAUGCAUCAUGGCUGCUGCCACUGGACACCCAUUCCCUCGUGUGUUUAACACCUGCAACCAAAAAGAGUUGAUACGCUACCUGAGCUCUGGAGGAGGAAAGUGCCUCUUUAACCUGCCGAACACCAGAGCCAUCUAUGGUGGCCAACGCUGUGGCAACGGGUACCUGGAGGAUGGAGAGGAGUGUGAUUGUGGAGAUGAAGAGGAGUGUACUAGUCCCUGCUGCAAUGCCAAUAACUGUACUCUGAAAGCUGGGGCUGAGUGUGCUCAUGGGGUCUGCUGUCAUAACUGCAAGCUAAAGCCUCCGGGUGUGCUGUGCCGUGGCCCCUCAGGGCCGUGUGAUUUACCAGAGUACUGCGACGGGAAGGUGGAGUCUUGUCCUGCCAACUUUUACUUGGUGGACGGUACUUCCUGUGCAGGAGGGAAGGCCUACUGCUACACUGGCAUGUGUCUGACCCUGGAGCAGCAGUGUCAGUCGCUCUGGGGAGGAGAUGGCCACCCUGCCCCUGACCUGUGUUUUAAGCGAGUCAAUGAGGCCGGGGACGCCUUUGGGAAUUGUGGCAAAGACCUGCUUGGGAAGUACAGGGGCUGCAAGGAGAGAGAUGCUACAUGUGGGAAGAUCCAAUGUUCCAGCUCUGCCUCCAAGCCCAUUGACACCAAUGCUGUUCCCAUUGACACCACAGUCCGCCUGGGCAACAGGAGGAUUCUGUGCAGGGGAACACAUGUCUACUCACCCGGCCAGGGAGACGAGAGACAAGGGGACACUCUGGACCCAGGCCUGGUCAUGACCGGCACCAAGUGUGGUGAGGACUCGAUCUGCUUUGGGGGAGAGUGCCGCAACGCAUCUUUUCUGAGAGCAGAUGAGUGCAAUGCCAAGUGCCAUGGCCACGGGCUGUGCAACAAUAACCACAACUGCCACUGCGACUCAGGAUGGGCCCCUCCUAGGUGUGACCAGACUGGGGCAGGAGGAAGUGUGGACAGCGGACCUGUCAUCAGCCAUAGUAGUCUCCUUCCGGUCCUGUUGCUCCUUCCUCUGGCUAUUUUUGUUGUGUUGGCUGCGGUUGGACUGUGGUGCUUCUACAGACACAAGAUCCGCCCACUGAAAGCUUCUGUUCCACCACCUCCAAAUCCAAAUUGUUCAGUGCCAACCGAAACUGAACAUCUCCAUGUCUCUGGUCAUACCAAUCCUACAUUCCUGCUAAGAAAGCAGGAUUCAAACCAGCUGUCCAAUCCUCGUCCAAGCCCAUCCUGCCCUCCUCGGUCCAGACAUGCUAUUGUGCGUCCUACAGUAAAGCCUCCCCCUAUACCUGCUUAUGCGGCAGAGCAGAGAAAGAAACCCGAUCUGGCCCAGACCCAGCCUCAGGUUCCUCCUCAGACAAAGUCCUCUCCUCAGGACCGUACUCCAGCCCAGGUUCGACCUCCUCCUGUACUAUCUCGCUUGACCCAGGAGAAAGAACCCCAAGCCACACCUCCUGCACCCUCCUCUGCACUACCAACUUUACCGUCUACGGCCCCCAAGCCCCAUCCCUCACCCCCAACAUCGGAAAACUCCCGACCCGACCCCCCUAACAGACCUCCACCACCUUGUCCCGUCAGCAGACCAUCAGUGGAGAAGCAACAGAGAAACCAGCUACAGGUGGUGACCUCAGAUGCUCUCCAGAGAGGAAAGGCUGCUCUGGCUCAUUCUGCUGGACAGAAAAAGCCAAACAGAUCCUAA